GUGAGAGAAGGAAGACUGGACAAAAGACAUGCUGUGGAAGAGACCCAGAGAUUAAUAACAAGUAUGAUUCAAUAUAUUCAAUAUUGAAUACAUAAUUCAAUGUAUUUGUCUGCAAGGCUACACAUUAUGACAUACCUGGAUUAAGAUUAGAUUAAUUAAGUGAAUUAAAGGGCCAUGCAAGUGAUGGGCCAAGAUUAAUUCACUUUAUUUUCAAGACUAUUAUAAAACAUGUAGACUAUGUGUCUGUGACUGAAAGGUAUGUGACUGCUAUGGAUUAGGAGUGGUACUGUAGUGAGCCACCACGAAAAAGUGGUAAGGAAACAAUCAGAUUAAAGACGAUCAACAGAGUUUAUAAGAGAAAACUUUGAUUAAAAAAGAAGAUGGUGUUUUGAGCUGGAAAAAGAGGUAAGAAGGGUUUAAUUUAAGAGAUGUUGUUAAAUCAUGUGUCAGGCAUGCAAGGAGUUAAAUGUACAGUAGUGCAUGCUUUCCAGCACAUAAAAUAUUACUGAGGCCAUAUUUUUUUUAUUUUUUUUUAGAAAAUUUAGUUUUCUGGAACUAUUAUAACUAUUUUCUUUAUAUUACAACUAUGUAAUCCAAAUGCACAUUAAUUAAAAUUUUCAUUAACAUAAUAUGACAUAAUAUGCUGUACAAUUUGAAAUUUAAUGAUGGCCUUUAUUAAAAUCAACACGCGGAGGCACAGCAGUUUGAAAGACAGAGAGAUCUGUUUAUUUUCGCCUUGUUAAUAAUCCAUAAUUAUACUGCCUAUAGGGUACAGCAACAAUAUGUCUUUACAUAUGAAAAAAUAUGUAUUGUACCAGCUCAAUGCAGAAUUUUGACUGAGCAUUAUGUAACUUAAUAAGCUUCUGAGUGAAUUCAUCAUGCAGCUGUCGAAACUGGGUUUUGAUCAAUGGUCACGCCUUUUUUCAACUUAACUUAAACCACAGAUGUCUCAGAUCUUUGUUCUGAAUCUGUGGCUGGCAGACCAGCCUCAUUCAGCAUUACUGUCUGUAUUACUGGUUGCUUCAGUUCACUCUUGUGUAUGACAUACACAGCCCAUUGUGAGGCAGAUUAGCAUAACUCUAAUAACAAAAAGCAGCUGGAGCUACCUGUAUCUGUUGGUAGGUAAAAAUACACUGGAAAUAAAUGCGCUCUCUGUUUACACAGGAUCACUCACGAACACACUGAACCCUCUGUAAAUAACCAUGUUAUUGUGUUCCUAAAGGCUAUUGUGCGUCAGUGUCUUGAAGCGUGCCCACUCUAACAGGUUACACGGCACAGUUGGGUUAUAAAAGUGACAUGUCGGGCUGAACCUAAACAAGGACGAUAGGACAGUUAUGGUAAAAAGUUGCACACCACUGGUUGGUCAAUUUGUAGUUUUUAGUUGGAUAUAAAGUCCAGUUUAGAAACUACAAAAAUGCCGAAAGUUCUUUCCCACAAUUUAGUGAGGACUAUGUUCUUACUGAGUGUAAUAACUGUAGUUUUAGAACUUGUGGAUUCAUCCAACUGCACAAGUCGCCGAUGUCUGAGUAACGUGUUGAUAGAUAAAAAUUUGUUGUCGCAGCCACAGAACGAUAGCUGCACUCAAGAAGUCCGAGUGCCAAUAUUAGAGUACCAGACUCUGGAAGUUAACACAAAGCAACUCCAUCUACUAAUUCUUCUACAAGCCUCGAUCGAAUGGGAAGAUCCUGAGUUGGCGUGGGACACAUCGGUGUACAAGUUUGAUGAAGUAAUUCUGCCAGUAGACAAAAUCUGGACUCCAGAGCUCUUUGUAACGAACGCAAUAACAUCAACUCUGAAGCACAGCUCUGCUAAUGUGCUGGUGUACAGUAACGGCACAGUGAAGGACAAUCUGAUCAUAAAUGCAGAGGUGAACUGUGAAGUUAACCUGUUCAACUAUCCCUUCGCUUAUGAUGUGUGUCCUGUUGCAGUACAAGCCUGGGGCACUGACAAAUGUGGUACAACAUUGAAGUUUGGCGACCUGAUACUGACUGAUAAUAGUCACGGAGACUGGCAAACGGUGGAUGCAGAACUUCAGAAAAAACGAGAUGACCGCAAUUACAUCCACGUGGAACUAAAACUCAAAUCUACCAACCCUUUCUUAACAUUGAUGCUGCCCAGUUAUUUGAUCAUCUUUGUUGAUAUAGUCAGCUUUGCUCUGCCACUGCGAGGUGGAGGACGCAAUGCUUUCAAGGUCACCCUGGUGCUCAGCUUCACCCUGUUUAUCAAUAUCCUAAAUAGCCAGCUCCCCGGAGACAGUGAAUGCAGUCCAAUAAUCCGACCCCACUUCUGUAUUUGCCUGAUCUUCUUGGUGGUGAGCAUGGUGGUGUCCAUGCUAACUACUAGGUUAUCCCUAGAAGGCCAACUGGUUUUCUGCUGUUGGUCCAAAGGAUCAGCCCCCAAAAUUACAGAAAACAAGGAACAGAAUGAGGAUGAGGAAACUAAAGCUGACAUUAGCACCAUCCAGCCGAAUGGCUCAGAGAACAGUCAGAUACUCAGAAAAGUGGCCAAAUACUUGGAAACUCAUGAGACCAACGAAGCGGAAAAGGAGAGGCAACACAAGUUUGCCGACAUGCUGGACAAGACUUUUUUCUGGAUCUAUUUCCUUGGUGGCCUUGGAUACCUUGUUAUUAUGACUGUAAUAAUGUUAAAUUAUAAAUGUGAAGUUAACCAUUUUGAUUUCUGGCAUAACUGAUGUGCAUUAAGAGCUGCUCUUAAAACCAAACUACAUUUACUUGAAGCUAAAUCUUAGGGUACAUUUCAGCUGCAAUGACUGAUAAACACCUCUGCAUGUAUGUAUUACAUUAGUUAAACCACACCAUCACUAUGAUAUGCCAAUUACAGAUGUCUACAGAUGUGUAGUUGUACUUUGUCUUUGGGUGUUCAGCAAAAAAAUGUUAUUGCAUGCUUCUAAAACUAAGAUAAAUAAAGAAAUUUAACUUUCACCAUGAACUAAAAAUCAUUUUUAGGGUUUCUUUAUUGUGAUUAUAUCCACAUAUUUACCAGAUCUGCUAAACCCAAGUGUUACUUUGUUGCCACCAAGUGGCUGAAUGAUUCACCUGCAGUCUGGCGACUAUGUUAUUAAUCAAUUUUCCUCUUUGGCAUAUUUUUUUAUGAGAUUAACUAGUAGCUGGACUUCUGUUUAUUUACACAACACUACUAAAUUGUGAGUAUGUUCAUAUUUAGAAUUUGGGACGAUAUACAGUCAUCAGGCACAUUAUUAGGUACAGCUUUCAAGUACUAGGUUGGGGUUUCUUUUGCAAGAACUGCCUUACUCGUGGAAUAUUCAACACGGUGCUGGAAACAAUCUUUACAGUUUUUGCUCCACAUUGACAUGAUAGCAUUACAUGCUGGCUGGAGAUUUGUCAGUUUCACUUCAAUGGUGAACAUCUCUCCUUCCAGCACGUUCCAAAGAUGCCCUAUUGAGAUUGCGAUCAGGUGACUGUGCGGGCCAUUUGAGUACAGUGAACUCUUUGUCAUGUUCAGGAAACCAGUUUGAGAUCAUUUCAGCUUCGUGACAGUGGGUACUAAGGGACCCAAAGUGUGCCAAGAAAUGUGCC